AUGCAGAACUUGUUUGAUCUCAGACACGGGGAGCAGUUUUCUCACACCCACACCUGGGUUGGCUUAAACUUGUUAGGUGAUGGCUGCGGGCACAUAGUGACGUCUCAGGACAGUGGCACAAUGACAUCUAAGAAUUAUCCAGGGACUUACCCCAAUUACACCGUGUGUGAAAAGAUCAUCACAGUCCCGAAGGGGAAGAGACUUAUUCUGAGGCUGGGCGAUUUGAACAUUGAGUCCAAGACCUGCGCUUCUGACUAUCUCCUCUUUAGCAGUGCGACAGAUCAGUAUGGUCCCUAUUGUGGGAGUUGGGCUGUUCCCAAAGAACUCUGGCUGAACUCAAAUGAAGUGACAGUCCGUUUCCAGAGUGGAUCUCACAUUUCUGGUCGGGGCUUUCUCCUGGCCUACGCCAGCAGUGACCAUCCAGAUUUAAUAACCUGUUUGGAACGAGGCAAUCAUUAUUCCCAGGAAAAAUACAGCAAAUUCUGCCCCGCUGGUUGUAGAGACGUAGCAGGAGACAUUUCUGGGAAUACAAAAGACGGCUACAGAGAUACCUCUUUAUUGUGCAAAGCUGCCAUCCAUGCAGGGAUCAUCACAGAUGAACUAGGUGGCCACAUCAACCUGCUUCAGAGCAAGGGGAUAAGUCACUAUGAAGGAAUCCUGGCCAAUGGUGUGCUCUCCCGGCAUGGUUCUCUGUCAGAAAAGCGAUUUCUGUUUACAUCCCCAGGAAUGAGUAUAACAACGGUGGCUAUUCCGUCGGUGAUCUUCAUCGCCCUCCUUCUGACUGGGACCGGGAUCUUUGCGAUCUGUAGGAAGAAGAAAAAAAAAGGCAAUCCAUUUGUGUCAGCCGAGGCUCAGAAAACAGGCUGUUGGAAGCAGAUUAAAUAUCCCUUUGCCAGGCAUCAGUCGGCGGAAUUUACCAUCAGCUAUGACAACGAGAAGGAGAUGACACAAAAGUUGGAUCUCAUCACUAGCGACAUGGCAGAUUAUCAGCAGCCUCUCAUGAUUGGCACAGGAACAGUCACGAGAAAGGGCUCUACCUUCCGGCCCAUGGACACCGACACCGAGGAUACCAGAGUGAACACUGAGGCCAGCAGCCACUAUGAUUGUCCUCACCGCCCUGGCCGCCAUGAGUACGCACUGCCCUUGACUCACUCAGAACCUGAGUAUGCCACACCUAUCGUGGAGAGGCACCUGCUGCGAGCUCACACCUUCUCCACACAGAGCGGAUACCGAGUCCCCGGGCCCAGGCUCACUCACAAACACUCCCUUUCCUCUGGAGGCUUUCCUCCCGCUGCAGGAGCCACCCAGAUGGAAAGCUAUCAGAGGCCAGCAAGCCCCAAGCCUGUGGGGGGCGGCUAUGACAAACCGGCUGCAGCCAGCAGCUUCUUGGACAGCGGAGACCCCGCCUCUCAAUCACAGAUGACUUCCGGGGGGGACGAUGGUUAUUCAGCACCCCGAAACGGCCUCGCGCCCCUCAACCAGAUGGCGGUGACUGCCCUUUUGUGAACCCAAUGUGAAAGAAACCUGCUGUGGUACUGAGCGCGCACCGCUGCGAGUCACUGGAAGAAAUGUCCCAGCGUGCAUGUGUGACUCUUCAGGAUCCUAGAGGCGACCUCACUUACUGUUUACAGAACUGUGCGGCUGGUUUUGUUCCGAUCUCUCCAGCAGAGCCGGUUGGUUUCUGCUGGGCUAGAACAAGGAGACUUUUCUCACUCGUCUAACUGUGAUGCUGUGCUAUAAAAUGUGCAAUCUGUACAGUUAUAUUUAACACGGAUUAACGUAACGAAGUUUGUGGUGUUUGUUUUCACACGGGGCUUCAAGGGGGAACGCGGGAUUCGAAUAGAUGGAGCCCGCCCGGGUUCGUGCUUCUCGGUGUGUUUGGUUAUCUGACGCUAAGCAGCAGGUCUGUUUAAAACCUUCGUGGGUUGUGGCGGCUCGUUUCCUUUUUGGUAAAGUGAAAGCAUUUUUACCCUUCUUUCUCCGGGAAGAAAUGGAAUUACUUGAAAACACAUAAAGCACACUGGGGUGGGUGACGGCCAGCAAUGGUGGCCCAUGUACGCAAGCAAGAAUACCACUUCGGCAGCUGCAGCCUGCUUUCUUAGACUUUCCUUGAGAGGAGUAGGGCAGCCUAGUGUCCUGGGGCCUGUGUGGGUCCCGGCUGCACCCUGAGGGACCACAUUCUCCAAGGAAAGGGCCCUAGCCUACUGUGCAUGUUCCUAAGCAAAUCUGCGUCCACACUGCCCACCCACGCCUUGUAAUGAAGGAGCUUGUAGCUCAAGGCAGGAAUAUCAAGUAUUUCUAAACCUCAGAUUAUGAACACAGCUGAACCCAGAAGCCCUACUUCCUACAACUUUCUCCAGAAGCAACGACGUGGACGACUCCCUGUCCCUGGAACGCAAAUGGCUCUUUGAAAUGUGUUUGUGCCGGUGUCGAAGCAGAGCUUUUUUAGUGGAGACCUAGUAACUGCCCUGGUGAUGUAAAGUGCAGUUUUCCCCCUGAACAUGUUUGUACUCAUAGAGUAGCCCGGGUCUCAGCUGUACUUCAUGUCUCAUGUUGUUGUUUUUUUUUUU